AUGCGAGACGAGCUGCGUCGGCAUCAAAGCCUCGGCUCGGAGGAACCACAGAUAAAAUUCAAUGAGGCCCCGUUUGACGCCAUCUUUGACGUGGGCGAUGAACUUGGCAGUGGACAGUUUGCUGUGGUGAGAAAAGUGGUAAAGAAAUCAACGGGUGAAGAAUUUGCGGCGAAAUUCAUCAAGAAACGACGCUAUGCGACUUCGAGGCGUGGCGUCACCAGGGCGAACAUCGAACGAGAGGUGUCCGUACUGCGGACCGUGGGCGGUCACAGCAAUGUUAUCGAACUGCACGAGGUCUACGAAACCCCAAGUGACGUCAUUCUAGUACUUGAACUGGUGUCCGGCGGUGAGCUGUUCGAUCAUGUCUGCGCUAGGGAAUGUCUGGACGAGGUCGAAGCGGCAGCUUUCGUCCGUCAGAUUCUUCUCGGCAUCAAGCACCUUCACAGCCUUCACAUCGUCCAUCUCGAUAUCAAGGUAUUAUUUUAUUUCGCAAGCUGUUCUGUUGAUUGCGAAAAUUCCAGUGCAGUAGCAAAUAGCGCUGAGAAUGAAUUUUCAUUGAGAAUUUUCCCUGCGCAAACACGAUCUUGCAUAACUACCUGA